CGCAGUUUACUGUCGUGGGUCCAGCUGACCCAGUGCUGGCCAUGGUGGGAGAAGACACCACGUUUCACUGCCGCCUGUCCCCCGAGAAGAACGCUGAGGACAUGGAAGUGCGGUGGUUCCGGACUCACUUCUCGCGGGCAGUGCUCGUGUACAAGGGUGGACGAGAGAGAACCGAGGAACAGCUGGAGGAGUUCCGAGGAAGGACGACCUUUGUGAGCGACGGCAUCAAACAGGGGAGCGUGGCACUCGUCAUACACAAUGUCACAGCACACGAGAAUGGCAUCUACCACUGUUACUUCCAAGAAGGCAGGUCCUACGAUGAGGCCAUCAUGCGGCUGAUGGUUGCAGGCCUGGGCUCCAAGCCCCUCAUUGAAAUGAAGGGCCAUGAGGACGGGGGCAUCCGGCUGGAGUGCACAUCCGUAGGGUGGUACCCAGAGCCCCACGCGGUGUGGAGGGACCCUUACGGUGAGAUCAUGCCCGCCCUGGAGGAGGCUUACACUGUGGAUGCAGACGGCCUCUUCACGGUCACUGUGGCCGUGAUCAUCAGGGACUGCUCUGUGAGGAACGCGUCCUGCUCCGUCAACAACACCCUGCUUGGCCAGGAGAAGGAAACUGUGAUUUUCAUUCCAGAAUCCUUGCCCCCCAGCGCACUCCCCUGGAUGGCGGGCCUCGCUGCCCUCCCGCCUUCUUUGCUGCUCCUCGUCGCUGGAGUCCUCUGUCUCGCCAGGAAAGUCCACCGGGAAAAAGAGGUUGAGAAUGAAGAGAGAGAAACUGCAGGCCAGGAACUGGGGAAAGAAGAUGUGGAAAAAGAGAAAGAACGUGAGAUCAGAGAGCAUCUUCAAGAAGAACUGCGAUGGAGAAGAACCCUGCUACAUGCCGCUGACGUGGUCCUAGACCCAGACACGGCACAUCCUGAGCUCUUCCUGACAGAGGACCGGAGAGGUGUGAGGCGAGGCCCCUCCAGGCAGAGUGUGCCUGACAACCCCGAGAGGUUCGACUGCCGGCCCUGUGUCCUGGGCCUGGAGAGCUUCUCCUCAGGGAGGCACUACUGGGAGGUGGAGGUCGAAAACGUGAUGGUGUGGGCUCUGGGGCUUUGUAGAGACAAUGUCGAGAGGAAAGGAGAGGCCUUACUGGUUCCUCGGAAUGGCUUCUGGACCCUGGAGAUGUUUGGAAACCAAUACCGGGUCCUGUCUUCCCCCGAGAAGAUCCUCCCCCUGAAAGAGCGCCUUCGCCGCGUGGGCAUCUUUCUGGACUACGAAGCUGGAGAUAUCUCCUUCUAUAACAUGAGGGACCGGUCACACAUCUACACGUGUCCCCGCUCACCCUUCUCUGGGCCCUUGAGACCCUUCUUCAGGCUGGGGUCUGAUGACAGCCCCCUCUUCAUCUGCCCAGCCUUCACAGGGGCCCAGGGGGUCGCGGUGCCCGAGGGCGGCCUGAUCCUUCACAGGACGGGGACCCAGCGCAGUCACCAGGGUCAGUUCCCUGGUCUCAGAGCCAAGUAGAGGGCCCCGGCACCACUGGCAGGAAACGGGUCAUGUGAAGAACCUCCUCCAGAGGCCGCCUGGACACCCUCUUCAGGCCCAGCCCUGCCUGGCCCUCAUCAGGCUGUUGCUUUCCCGAUUCAUUUGCUGGUGACCACGGGGGCACGGGCCGGUCUCAGAGCCGUGCUGCCACACGGCUCCCAACCUGGAAGAAAGCGGGAGACAGUGAUGGGUUUUAACAUCAGCGUGACACAGUCAGCCCGAUGCCCGGGCACCAGGCUCUGUGGACUCGGGGUGAGGGACACAGGACCCACUGUAAGGGGAGGGAAGCCAUAACAGGAGGUCAGGGACAGGGAAGCCAAGCCUGGGGGGUGGGAGGGGACAAGGGCCUGGGUGCUGUCGAGCCUCAGUUACAGCUAUGGGGGCUCGAGAGCUGGUGGUCCCAUUUCUAUCCCUCCCCCCACAACCCCCGGAGAUUUCUAGAUUGCACUCCUAGCCUAGAACUGAGCUGAAGAAAGAUGAAAGAAGAAGACCCGUGUUGGCCUGGCUCGGGUGUCCCCUCAAUAAACUGGGAGUCAGCACUCAGUGACUGAGUAUGGCUUAAGGGUUAAGGUCGCAGCUGAGCUGGUGAGAACUGCCCCGAGUUCAGGUUCGGGUUCAGGUUCAGUGGGCAAAGCAGCAGUUUCCAACGUUUUGACCUCAGGCCACUUAAGUAAGAUACCUCAAAAAUUAUUGAGGACCCCAAAGAGUCUUGCUCACUUGGGUUAUAUCUGUGAACAUUUAUGGCAUUGAAGGUUGAAACUGAAACAUUUAAAAACUGUAUUUAUAAUUUAUAUGAAAAUAGCAAUAAUAAACCAACGAUAAGUUAAUAGGAAAAACAUGUUUUAUGAAAAAUCACUUGUUUCCAAAGCCAAAUAAAUGUUAUUGAGAAAUGUGGCAUUCU